AUGUAUUAUUUAAUAAUAAUCUUUAUUGGGAUAGCUUGGUAUUGUUGGAGAGACAAUAUAAAGUGUAUCUUUCCUAUAACUUCAAAGGAUACAAUUUUAAUUACAGGAGCAUGUAUGGGAUUAGGUAAAGCUUUGGCAAUUGAAUGCGCAAAAAAAAAAUGCAAAUUAAUCCUUUUAGAUGUGAGAUCUGAUUUAUCUUUGGAUUUACUUUAAGAUAUAAGAAAAGAAGGAAGUGAGGCUUAAUUUUAUAGAUGUGAUUUAAGUGAUUUAUAAUCAACAAAAGAAUUAAUUUCAAUGAUAAAAUAGAAAUACAAAGUUACUAUUUUAAUAAAUAAUGCUGGAGUUGGGAUAUUUAAAUUAUUUGAAGAUGAAACUAUUGAAGAUGUUAUUAAAACAAAUACAAUUAAUUAUCUUGCUCCAGCUAUGUUAACAUAAGAAUUUAUUAAAGAUAAUAUCAAUCAUAUUGUUAAUAUUGGUUCAGCUGCAUCAAUUGUUUAAGGGAUGAAGAUAACUGCUUAUUCAGCUAGUAAACAUGCAAUGUGGGGAUUUCAUAAUGCUUUAAGAAUGGAAUUAAAAUAUUAAAAUAGUAAUGUUAGAACUACAUUAGUUUGUCCAUGGGGAAUAAAAACUGGAAUGGUAUAUAAGAUAUAAUUAUUAUAUAUAGAUAUAAGGUUUGAAAACUAAAUUGGAUUAUUUUUUACCUAUGAUGACUCCUGAAUAUGUUGCAUAGUGUAUUUUACAAGCAAUAGAAGCAGGAAGAGAAAUUAUUUUCAUAUAAUGGUAUUAAUUCUAUAUAGCUCACAUAUCAAGAUUAUUAUCUAGUAAAAUAGUAGAUUGGUUUAUUUUGUUUGUUUAAGCAAAACAUGUUCAUGAAUUUAAGGGUAGAUAUGCAUGA